AUGGCGCUUAACACCACGGCCAGGGUCCUGCGACAGGCCCCGAGCACCCUCCAGCAGUCCAUCAACCUGAACCAAAAACGCAGCUGGUCAGCAAGAACAAUCCCUUCGCUAACCCCGACACAAUCCCCGGAACUCGACCAGCUCCUCAACCGUUUCCGCGACGAGCUAUUCAUCCCCCAUUCCCUAAAGGUCCAACAGCGAAAUCUCAUAUAUCGUCCUAGAUUAGCCAGCAAGCUAACCGGACACCCGAUCGUUGUGCCAAUCGGCCCGAAGGAAGAGCCGUAUCAACUCCGCCCAAUCGACAUAUGGAAAGUCCCAGGAAAAAAGGACAGCCUCCGCGUAAUCGCACUCAUGCAUGAGACGAAGGACUGGUCCAAUCUGGUCAAUUUUCUUCGCGGACUUCACAAGGCGGGUUUAAGUUUUCAACCUAGGCACUGGGAGUGGCUUGUUCGGAAAGCCGGAGGCUCAAACGGGCUGGGCGCCCUCGUAAUGGCCGCGCAGCAGUCACAUACUACUGGUUUUACGCUGAACAACGUUUCUCUCGUUGAGCGGCUGUUCUUUGAACUCCACCUGGCCGGCCAGCGGAUCGAAUUUACGGGCGAGGGCAUCGCGAAAAUUUACGGUCUCGCAAAUUCAUUUACCCUUUUGAUGCAUAACCCGCACCAUGCUGUUUCUGAUCUGGACAAUGACCCCAAGAGGAGUACACUUGUUAUUGGUACCUUAUUAGAGCUAAGUGCUGCUCGCGCUCUGAGUGACUAUGGUAGCAAUGUCGACAAGGUCGAGUACGAAGCUGUCGAGAAGAAGGUCGAGUACCAAGCACGGCGUCUUCUCGCCAGCCUGAAGAGACAGAACCUCAGCCAAGUAGGCGAGGAUUGGGUGUCCAAUGACAAGCUACUUCAACGGCUCGUGCCAUGUUACAAUGGAUUGAAGCUUGCUCUGCAAGUAGAUGUCAUCGCGCGCAACAAACAAUUCGCGGCAGCGUUGAAGACGCGGACGAAUGAGCUCGGAAUGUUCAUUGGAGACUUGAAGAAGGGGGUGCAUAGACCUACAAUCGGCCUGGUGCAGGCUCAACUGCUGCAUCAGAACUGA